AUGUUUGUGAUUUGGUUGCAGAUUGCCCGUUUCGAGGCUCUUUUCCAGCUCCGGAUUCAAUGUAUUCACGAAUGAACCACAUUUCUUCCAUUUCAAACUCGCCAUUCUUACGACUAUAUUUUUAUCCACCCUCUGAUUGAAUGGUUUGAAAUUUUAGCAUUUUUAUGCCAAUUGAAUUUGUUCAGGACUUCAUUAGAACUAAAUAAAUAUUUCAACAUCCAUCAUGCUGCUUCAAUUUCUCAGGUAAAAGUAUUUCAGUAGAUGUAUGAGCAUUUUCUAAUCAAAGUUUUCUCGAUUAUUAUUCAUAGAUAGGAUAUUUAGAACUUGGCAAAGAUGAAAUUGCGCCGAAGGGCGUUGCCCUUUAUGGCUAGGUGAGAGGAAGAUGAGGUCAACAGCGAUAAAUGAAUUAUUUUCAACUCAAAUGUUCAGGAGGAAAGUUUAUCAGCACCUGACAAACACCUCAAAGUAUUUAAAGCUAGUUAAAUAGGAAAAAAAUGUGAGUUUGGGUGUUGUGCUCGAAGGGUCGGUCGGUUAGGUCGGUUUUUUUUUUCAUAGUGGCCGUUCUUCGAAAAAAAAAAAGUUUUUCUUCGGUAAAGUCAUUUAAGUUCCAAAACGCGUAGAUUUCUUGAGGGUGGUUAGCUUGAAAGUUUAAAAAAAUAACUCUCGAGGUCAAAUUUGAGCGUCACAAGUUUUAAAAAAAGACUUAAGUCCUAUGUUUGAAGCGUUUCUCUCUCCAGGUCAGCUCUUAUCAAAAAAUAUUUUAAGCUGAAUUUAAUCAUUAGAAGUUUGAUUUUUGCAUGUAGCCCUUUUAAUUGUUGAAAAAAAGUUUUCUGCUUGAUAUUAAACUUAAUUCUUUGCUCGUUUCUUCUUAUGAUAAAGAUGAGAAUAUUACUUGCAAGUGAGUUUUUGAACAUUGUUGACAUAAAAAGCGCAAGACUCGGAUUUUAUAGUAGGUUAAAUGUUUGCGUUCCGGUUAGAGUUCAGUGUUAUCGCGAUAUUAUUAUUAUUUUGCCUCGGGUCUCCCUUCGCUCCGUUUUUCUCUUUGCAUUCCUUUUGCCUGAUUUUUCAGUUUUUUCACAAAAACGGAACAAUUAGUCGGCAACAGAGGAAUAGAAAAAUGAUGGGAGUUUCCUCGUUUAAAAGGAAAAUUUUCACUGACAAAAGCUAUGUUUUCUAAUUGGAUUUCUAUAACAAACGAUUGUAUGGCCUUUUUCUGAAUAUUCAGAAAGUCUGAACGUUCAGCGGGCCUCUCGAUGUGUUUGCAUAAUCUGUGCAUUCGUGUCGCUUUUCUUUGCCCUUUUUUGUAUUUUUCUUUGGUAACAAUGGUAAAAUAUAAAUGUUUUUUUUUCCUUUUAAGAGUUUUAUAAUGAAGGCUUCAGAACUCAAUUAUGAAGGGCAAGUCGAAAGUUUACGAGGUGAACAAGCCUUAUUUGUCGAGCAUCACUUUGGACAAUGGUAAAACGUUGCAAGACGAUUUGAGCGGGGUGAGAUUCAGGGAAAACUGGAGUGACUUUAUUGGAAUCAUUGGAUAACGUCGUUAAAAUUAUGAUAGAAUGUGAUUUGACAUGAAGUUUUUUUUUUCAUUUUUGACCUUCUCUAACAAAAUUUUGACUUUCCCCUAGAGAAUUUUCUGAAUUUUCAGCUUUUGAUAACUAAAUGAAAAUCAGUUUUGUGCAGACGACGUCGUCGCCACACCGCAACGAACACGGAAUCCACUGGGCGAUGGCGGCUGUGUUCAUCGUCGGCGAUAUGAUGGGAGCCGGCAUGAUCUCGCUCCCGCUGGCCCUCGGAAACGCCGGUCAUCUUCGUCUUCGAACCUAGGGAAAUGAUUCUUUUCAGGUCUCGGCCCUGGAAUAGCCAUCAUCCUGUUGGCGUCGCUGUUCUCCGGCUAUACAGGCAUCCAACUGGGAGAUAAUUGGACUAUGCUCCAAGUAGGAAAGACGCGAAUCCUAGGGUCACUGUUUGGUUAAGAACCGCUGGACCGAGUACAAGCAACAUUGCCGUCGACCCUAUCCUGAGAUGGCCUAUCGCGCGUUGGGACCUUGGGCAAAGUGAAAAUGAUGGUCUUAAUUGAAACCCCGCAGCUCAUUUUAGACAGGCCGUUUCUAUUUUAUUGGCGCUGUCCCAGUUCCUGAUUGCUUCGGUUCUGCUGCUGAUGUGCGCCGAGAAUCUCACGACGCUUCUCAACGUCUUCUUCGGCUGGCACCUCGACUUCUGCGUCUUUAUUGUCGCUCUCGCGGCGGCUCUAUGGCCUCUUGUGAUGCUUCAGAGUCCCAUGGAUUUCUGGCAAGUAUAGUGUGUUCAGAACUUUUUUUUGCUUCUAAAAGUGCUAUCAUCGAACGAAAUAUAUUAUAUUGUCUAACAAAGUAAGAAACAAACUCUUACAUUUUUUGUUUGUAGGCAACUCGCCAUCAUUUCUGCGGUUUCGAGCUCUUUGGCGGCAGGAUUUAUUAUCGCUGGCUCAAUUCACGAUUCUUCAGCUUGUGUUCCGGUGCGGUCAAGUUCUAACCGACUUAAUAAAGUGAUCUUUAGUCGAGAAAAUUGCCGAGCUUGUCGUUCACGAACUUCUCUCUAGCCUACGGAACAAUUGUGUUUGCCUAUGGUAAGUUCUUUUGUGCCUGAAUAUUAUUCGCCUCCAUAACAGUUUCAAUAGAGAGCAUUUGAUAAUCGAUACAUAUUCCAGGCGGUCACGGUGCUUUUCCAACCAUUCAGCACGACAUGAAAAAACCGCAGUACUUCAACAGAUCCGUCUUCUGGAGCUACAUCUGUGAGUUGGAGCAAGUUUGCCCUGCUGAAAAUAGCUCUGCAGUUAUCACGAUCGUCUAUGUAGCGGUGUCGACGACUGGGCUGCUGGUGUACGGUAACAGCAUGGUCGAUACAGUAAUCCCUUCUAUCCAGGUACGAGCCAAGUCUUGGUUCUAUCCCUUCGAUCCGGAGCUACUCCCAGUUUCAUCUUUUGUUAAUUUUGCGCUUUGAUUGCUAAAUUCAGCCGCAUUUCUCUACCAGUUAUAGUAUAUUCUCCGCGAGUUGACACUUUUCGACUGUCUGAGUCUCUCUGUUCCCUCACCGGUGAGAUCACAGAAACGCGAAAAGAGCGCGUCAACAAGAGAGGGUUGUGAGAGACGAGGAGAGCGCAGAGAAGUCCGCCCUUUCAAGCCGGGAAAAACGGACUAUCAUUGAAAUUAUAGGCGUUUUUUUUAUGUACUAAGAAAAAGAUAUACAUUCAACUCGCGAGACUAGAGUAGAUUUGAGAUACUUUUUUCUUACAUAAUGACUUUAAAAAAAAGGCCAGUCAUUGACCUUGAACAAAGAAUGUGAAAAGGACUAUUGUUCAGAUGUCUUAUAAGACGCUUUCUUUCAGUUGAAGUGGAUUUCCCAGACAAUCAACGUGAUGAUCACUCUGCACAUCUUCCCCACAAUCGUCAUUGUUUUCUCGCCCCUGAGUCAGCAAGUCGAAGAGUGGUUCCGUGCACCCAAUGGUCUGUGAACGAAGUUGGGAAGCCGCCACGGAAGAUAGUAACUUUAGAGUUCGGAGUGAAGAGAUUCCUGAUUCGAACUCUGUUACUUGGAUGCUCCACUUUCCUUUCGCUUUCCGUUCUCAAACUCGGAGUCUUUCUCGACCUUGUACGUCUUUCCAUCUCAACUAUUCACGUACCUAAGAUUUCCAGGUUGGCGCCACGACAAUCACCCUGAUGACCAUGCUACUUCCCAGCGUGUUUUACUUGUUCUUACAAGUGAUUAAAAUAUCAAAACUAAACAUUUGAAUCUAAACAGGCGUCCUGGAAAAAACGUCAAGAUGCGAUCCAGAGCGGUCUUUUGAGUUCAAACUCUCCCGAUGACCAGAUCGCGAAAUUUUCCGAGUUUUAUUCCGAUUUCUGUCGCCUUAUUGAAAACAUGUUUACAGCAUAGUAUACUACACUCCAAAAAUGAUAUUGCUUUUCAACGUGCUUUCAUUGAGUGAGUCAGCAAGUGAUCUUUCGGAACAAUUUAUGAUUGUUCAGCCUUUGGCUUUGUCGGCGGAGUUUCUUCGGCUUACUCUGCCAUCAAGGAGCUCAUCGGCGCUCAUCAAGUCGCUCCAUGCUACGUCAGAUGGUAAAGCCUUUAAAUUUAUGUAUGGUUGAUGGUAUUGGAGUCCUGUUAAUGAGUUAAUCAUUAAUCAAUGCAAAAAUCAGACUAUACGAGUUUUUUGUAAAUUUAAAUUCGAAACUCGAAAAUUUGCUAUACGAAUCAGAUAAUCUUCUUUAAACCUCAAAGUUUUGAAUAGGCCGAGGGGGGUUGGAAUGAGUCUUUAUCGUUGGGAGUUUAUUUCAUUCUGAAAAGAACGAUGAUUUUGGAGCUUAUUUGCUUGAAAUGUACUCCAUUUAGAUUUAUAAUUAUGCUUAUAUCAUGGAUUGGAUUUAGGAGAUAAUCUUCAGGUUCCAAGAAGGAUUUCUCGGUCACUCGAACGGAGGAUCGACCCAUUGCUGCGGAGAAUUUUCUAACGUCAGCUACUACCACGACAUCUCCGUUUGCUCCGUCAGACCCUAA